AUGGUUCUAGCUCUAGUACGAGUUCGUUUGGAGUUCAGGAAAGAUCCAAGUUCAAGAAGGGGCACAAAGCUUAGGUAUAAUCGUGUUACUUCCAGAAACUUGAAUGCCAAAAUGGAAAAGUCUGGACCAAAAAAGGGCAAUGAUAGAAAUGCCCAGUGUAGCAUGAAGUCAUGUGGUAAAUAUGGCCAUUUGCAUGAAGACUUAGAGAAGAAUAAGGUGAAGUUUGAGUGGUCUGCAAAGUGUAAGAAGAGCUUCAAAGAUAUCAUAGACAGACUCACUCCAACCACAAUGCUUACAUUGCUGAGGAGUGGUGAAAGGUAUAUGGGUGGAAAGGUGAUUGCAUAUGCAUCCAGGCAGUUGAAAGUCCAUGAGAAGAAUUACCCUUCCCAUGAUAUUGAGUUAGCUGUUGUGGUCUUUGUGUUAAAACUGUGGAGACAUUACAUGUAUAGUGUACAUGUUGAUGUAUUUACUCACCAUAAAAUUCAUCAGUAUGCUUUUCACAGAAAGAACUAA